CACGAUUGUUGGAAUGCGCCCAGCGGAGGCCGAACCUAUACCCACGUUUCCCCCAGCGAGCCUUCAAAUCGCUUCUCUCUCCCGUGCGCACAACACGCACGCACACAGCGCAGGGAGCUGCGGUGACCAAUCAAGCGGCUCGCACCAUUCCCAUUUUAUUAGUAAGUCGGAUCCUCUCUCAUCUGGUGCAUCGCGACCCCGAUACAGACAGAAGAACUCUUGAGAUACGAGCAGACGCAGCGCUGCCGUCGGCGGGCGCUCCGACUGACAAACCAAAAGCGUUGAAUAUCCCCCCCCCCCCCCCCCGUUCAAUUUGGUGAUUUUGUUUCGUUUGCAAGAUCUCAGCGACGACUUCGAACGCCGAGCUCGCUGCGGCUCUGCUCUCCUCUCGAUAGCGCGCGCGCCCGCGCACGCCGAAAGAAUGAUGUCAGACGAGCACGACAAGCACAUGUCGGACGUGCCCAGCCCAGACAUGUCGGAGACCUGCUCCGUGGGCUCGCCCGCCGACUCGCUGGCGGGCUCCGACAGCGACAGCCAGAGCUGCGGCUCCAAGCGCUGUUCGGACCGCGAGGACGGCGCCGGCGCGAGCGGUCUCCUGCUCGCCGGCGGCCCGGGAGGGGUGCUGGACGGCGGGGUGGUAUUCGGCCUCGGCAGAGACGCGGGCUCCGGCAAGAAGAUGGACGAGGACGACAAGUUCCCCGCCUGCAUCCGCGAGGCCGUGAGCCAGGUGCUCAAGGGCUACGACUGGACCCUCGUGCCCAUGCCCGUGAGGGUGAACGGCUCCUCCAAGUCGAAGCCGCACGUGAAGAGGCCCAUGAACGCGUUCAUGGUGUGGGCGCAGGCGGCGCGCCGCAAGCUCGCCGACCAGUACCCGCACCUGCACAACGCCGAGCUGAGCAAGACGCUGGGCAAACUGUGGCGCUUGCUGAGCGAGAACGAGAAGCGUCCGUUCGUGGAGGAGGCGGAGCGCCUGCGGGUUCAGCACAAGAAGGACCACCCCGACUACAAGUACCAGCCGAGGCGGAGAAAGUCGGGCAAGAACGGCCAGAGCGAGUCCGACUCGUCGGGCGAGCAGACGCACAUCACCACCAACGCCAUUUACAAGGCGCUCCAAGCGGACUCGCCCAGCGGGGACGUGCACUCUCCCGGCGAGCACUCUGGGCAGUCCCAGGGCCCACCCACGCCUCCCACGACCCCGAAGACGGACGCGCAGUCCAACAAGCUGGAUAUAAAGCGCGAGGGGCGCCCUCUGCAGGAAGGCGGCCGCCAGCAAAUCGACUUCAGCAACGUGGACAUACGGGAGCUCAGUCGGGAGGUCAUCUCCAACAUGGAAUCGUUCGACGUCAACGAAUUCGACCAGUACCUGCCACCCAACGGUCACCCCGGUCACGGCCAGAGCGUGGCGGCCUCUUACGGAGGCACAGGCUACAGCAUCAAUGGACACGCCUGGCUGUCCAAGCAGCAGCAGCAGCAACAGCAGCAGCAGCAACAGCAGCACACGUUGUCAUCACCACCACCACCACCUGCCAUUAGCAGUCCCGAGCAGAGAGCGCAUGUCAAGACUGAGCAGCUGAGUCCCAGCCACUACAGCGACCAACAGCAGCAACAACAGCAGCCGCAGCAGCAGCAGCAUUCGCCUCAACAACAACAGCAGCAGCAGCAGCCUCAGCAGGCACAGCAGGCACAGCAGCAAGUGCAACAGCAGCAGCAGCUGGGAGGCUACAGCCCCUUUAGCAUCCAGCACUACGGGGCAGCUGUAGUGCCGGCUAUAAGCAGGUCCCAGUACAGCUACGCGGACCACCAUCACCACCACCACCAUCAGAGCUCUGCGGCGGCCGCGGCUUACUACAGCGGGCAUUCUGCGGGGCAGGCAGCCGGCCUGUACUCCGGCUUCUCCUACAUGGGGCCCUCGCAGCGGCCGUCUUACACUCCCAUCGCGGACGCCACGGGGGUGCCCUCCAUCCCCCAGCCGCACAGCCCCCCGUCCUGGGAGCAGCCCGUGUACACCCAGCUCACGAGGCCAUGAAUAAUAAUAAUAAUGAUGAUGCCAUAUUAAUGCAAGUCUGUGCCAGCUCGUCCAAGUGGCGGGGUGAUUGUGUGUUUUAUUAUGGUUCUAAACUACAAUCCUUAAUAAUGAAAAAAAAACUCUAUUGAAAUUAGUGACCUGAAGCCUCCCGUAGGCUUUGUCCUCCACCACCCGGUCACUUUUUUUUUAAAUAUAGAAACCCAAGCAAAGUUAUGGGGGAGGGGGUGGGGGCUAGGUUGCGGAUAAGCGUGAAUUUUUUUAAGUGUGGAUAGAGUCGUUUGCUUGCAGGUGCGCGGGUCCACCUGCAUUGGGCAUUUACGCCGAAGGCAAAGCUUACGGGAGAAAAACGUGCGCUUCCUUCCAAACAUAGAGUAUAUUUUAAUGAAGACCGUUACGCGCUUUCGUAGACACAUUGGUGACGUCCACAUCGUAGUGUACGCUUUUAUCAAAAUAACAACAAUAAUUAUGCAUAAAGUACAGAAUACAUGUUUUUUGCCGUUUCAGAACACGCCGAAUACAUAGUCCGCUUCACUUGCACCGUUGAGUAAAUGCACUGCAGGUCUACAUUCGCAAUGCGAUGCUUGUUUGUUCACCUUAGUCGUCAGGAAGAAAUCCGAGGCGUCAACAAAGACAUAUUUUUGUAAUUAACUAACGUUAGCCUACCUUGCGGACAUGCAAGGUGAACGUGGACGCGUGCAGAAUUAUGAAAAAUGGCGUUUACGGUAAAACUAAGAGUGACAUAAAACCCAUUCGCAGAUUCACUUUUACGGUAUCUAUUAAGCUUUAGCCGAUGCCUUAUUAGAGUGCGGAAUGAGUUUUGCGAACUGUUCAUGCAUAUUUUAUUUGGCGAAGCCUUUACUGUUAUUAUUUAGCAAAAACAAAAGACACGAAUUUGAUUGACAUCCAAUGACUUAUACCUGAAGAAGUCCUCUGUGAGGAGACAUGUCUUCCUUACGCAAUGUUGAGUAAAUAAAGAUGUGUUUAUUGUACAGACUCUCUAAGAAGCCAACAAUAGAUGUGCCUUUUAGUGCAUUUUCUUUUUUCUUACAAAGGAACUCAUCAACCUAUUUUUCCCUCCUAAAUCUCAACUCCUUUGCGUGUUCUACAGAUGCAAUGCAUGUGUAUGAGGGCGAGGAGCUAAUUACUAAAAUGAUGCCAACGUUUUAAAACCCUUUGUGUAAUAAAAUUACGUAAAUUUAGUUGCCAUACAAGUGCGAACUUUCUAAAGAAGCAAUCUGCAAGUAUGGAUCAUAUAUAUUUAAUAAUGCCUAGGAUCGUUUUGUGUGAUAUUUGCUAUUGACUUAGCAAUAAUUUAGAAUCCUUUUCCAGUACUAACAGCUAUAGAAUUUUUCUACAGUGUAUCAUAUUUUGUACAGAAUAGUUAGAGCCAAUAUGUGCCUACAUAUUUCAUAGUCUUAGAUUUGGUGUCGGGCGUUUGUGUGUUUUUUUUAAUGGGACCAUUUUAUCAACCUUGACAAUUGUCACCUAAAUGUUCCAUGAAGUAUUUCCUUUCUCCAUAUUCAAGCAGAAUAUGUUUGUAAAAAAAUUCUUUAGUUAAAUGAGUCCUAAAUGUUUUUUGAUUUGUACAAAAUCGUAUGGUUAUUGUUCAUGUUUCUAAAUUAUUGCAAUAUUUGAGGCAUUUGUCUUGCUAUUUUGCUUUAGUUUCUUUCAUUUUAAACACUUUCUAUGUAAUGGAUAGAGCUGUGUUUUGUCGGCAAAUGUAUGGGGCAAUUCGUACUCAAUAAAU